GAAGAGCUGAAGCAGAAGAAGAAGAAAAUAUUAUUUGGUUUUUUAUUCCAUUUUUGAGAAUCUUUCUUCGUUUUUUUGUUUUUCAUAAAAUACGCUUUUUCAAUUACUGAAUUGGCAGAGCUCAAAAAACACACACACAGAGACACAGAGAGAGAUAGAGAGAGAGAAAGGCUUUGAGUUUUGAAUUGGCAGAGCUCGAUACGAAAGCGAUGAAUUCGCUGAAAAAGUUGCGAGGUUUCGGUCUGCACAAAAACGAUUCCAAGGAGCGAAGAGAUAUUCGGCCUUUGCCAAAAUUGGACGAGCUCGCUCAGGCUUCUCAGGAUAUGCAGGAUAUGAGAGAUUGCUAUGACAGCUUACUUUCUGCGGCUGCGGCAACUGCAAACAGUGCUUAUGAAUUCUCAGAGUCGUUGCGGGAAUUGGGUGCUUGUCUUCUUGAGAAAACUGCAUUGAAUAAUGAUGAUGAAGAGAGUGGCAGAGUUCUGCUAAUGCUAGGAAAAAUACAGUUUGAAUUGCAGAAACUUGUUGAUAGCUAUCGCUCUCAUGUAUUCCAGACAGUCACAAUCCCAUCAGAGUCUCUUCUUAAUGAACUUCGAACGGUUGAGGAAAUGAAGCGACAAUGUGAUGAGAAAAGAGAUGUAUAUGAUUAUAUGAUGACAAGACAGAGAGAGAAAGGGCGAUCGAAAAGUGGAAAAGGAGAGAGUUUUUCUUUGCAGCAGUUACAAAUGGCUCGUGAUGAGUAUGAUGAAGAAUCAACCUUGCUUGUUUUCCGGUUGAAAUCUCUAAAGCAAGGACAGACUCGAAGUCUUCUUACACAGGCAGCUCGCCACCAUGCGGCUCAGUUGUGCUUCUUCAAGAAGGCAGUUAAGUCUCUUGAGGCAGUAGAACCGCAUGUGAAAUUGGUAACUGAACAGCAACACAUUGAUUACCAGUUCAGUGGACUUGAUGAUGGGGAGGAGUAUGAUGAGGAUGAUGACAACGACGAUGAUGAAGAAGAAGAUGAGGAUGAUGAUGACGAUGAGGAUGAUGAGGAUUACGACGACAACGAUGUGCGUGAUAAUGGGGAAUUGAGUUUUGAUUAUCGACAAGAUGAUCAGGAGCCCGAUGUUUCUACGACACAAAACCCAAUGGAGGUGGACAUUACAUUUCCCCAGGUUGCGAAUUUGGAAGCUGUGAAGGAAAAUAUGGGUAGGUUCCGUAGGAAUUCUUUUUCCUAUAGAGGUAGUAGGCCCAGCAGCCAAUCAGCCCCACUUUUUGCCGAGUAUAAAUUUGAUUCUACUGAAAAGGCAAGACAGAUGCAGCCAUCAUCAACACGUAAGUUGCACACAUACGUACUACCCACUCCAGUUGAUACAAGGAGUUCAGUUUCUACAGGAUCAGGUAAUCCAGUGCUUCACAAAACACAGACUACUGUUACAGAGCGUACUCAGCAGUUGUGGCAUUCCUCCCCACUGGAACCAAAUAAGUUGGAAAAAAUUAUAGUACAUGAGAAAGUUUCUGGACCCACUGUCAGAAAUGCUCAGUCUGUACUCAAAGAGAGCAACAACAAUUCUGCAUCUGCUCGGUUACCCCCUCCUUUGGCUGAUGGGCUUUUAUUUUCAUGGCAUGACACGCGUGCUGCUGCCGAACCAAAAAAACUCAAAAGAUAUGCCUUUUCUGGUCCAUUGACAAGUAAGCCAUGGCCUACAAAGCCUGUCUCAGCAGAUCGUCGCCAUUUGUAUUCUGGACCUCUUCUGCAAAAUCCAAUGUCUCAACCUCCAUCAACUUCACCAAGAGCUUCUCCUAGUACUUCUCCUACUUUUUUGUCCUCACCUAAAAUAAGUGAGCUUCAUGAACUUCCAAGGCCCCCUGCAAGUUCAACCCCCAAGUCUUCAAGACCUAAGGAUUUUACUGGACAUUCAGCCCCCUUGGGGUCAAGGGAUCAAGUGCUUUCUACUACAAAUAAAUCAGUUGUAUUAAAUGCGGCAUCUCCGCUUCCAACACCUCCUCAAACUGUAGCACGUAGUUUCUCCAUUCCCUCAAGUAGUCCUGAGGCGAUGAAUUCAAAUGCGUCCAAGCCCCUGGAAACUCCUCACAGCUCAGAGAUGACUGAAGUCAUUACUUCACCCCCUUUGACACCAAUAACCCUUUCUAGCAACUAGCCAUCAUCAACUUGGUUUUGAGACUGUCACUCGGGCUGUUCAAAUUAGAGUGUUGAUAAAUUUGGAUGCAGGUGCAGGUUGAUUCUAAUCAUCUUCGGUGAUUUUUUGUUUUUGAUUUGGCAACCCAAAGUCCUGGGAGCAAAUUGUUUCACCAUAUCGUACAGCUGCAGAUAUGUAAAUAUGUCCUUUAUCUAUAAUUUUUGUUUCUUUUUUAUCAUAUGUUAUAGUCACCAAUUAAUUCGUUUGAUGGGCGGGCACUCGGGGUAGAUUAGUUUAAUAAAUGCUAAUAUUUUUCAUCAUUUGAGAAAUUUUGUAUCUUCCACGCAAUUAAUUGCCAAUUGCUCUUUUCUUUUCUUUCUUUA